AACCAUCUUUGUUGUAUGCAACGCGAUAAACUUAUAAACUAUCAAGUGCAAUAACGUCAAACGAUAAACGUCAAAAAUUGCACGUUAUGAUCGUUUAUUUACAAAAAAAACUCAAAAUUAUUACUUAAAUUAAUGGCUUUUCCCCAACCGAAUGCCCAAAGAGACUUAGCAAGUAGAAAAGUACUCGAAGAACUUCAAUUAAAGAAACAAAUCCUGUUAAAACAAGGUGUAGCUUCAACCUUAACCUCACAGUUACCACUUUUAGGGUCUCCGAAUGUUGGUCCAGCAACUCCACAAACCGAUCAACAACACUCGAUGAAUUCUGCACAGCGAGGUGCUUUACAAACGGCAAACGCGCAAUCGACUGGUUAUUUUAUUUCGCAGGAUUCAUCGUUUGGUAAUUUAAUACUUCCUGUGUUGCCACGAUUUGAAAAUAAUUCAAAAUAAUUACCGUGAUGUAUCCGUGUUUAAAAUUAAAGUAUUUAGAAGGGAUUUUGGGUCAAAUUGAUGGUUUUGAAAGACCCAAAGUUGGUUUGGAGCAAUAUGUGACUCCUUCGCAUUUAGCUUCUCACAUGUUAUAUAUGAUUCAGAGUCAGUAUGAUGAAAUAACUGAUAAAAUCAUUGGUGAUUUUGGUUCUGGAUGUGGAGCUUUAACAAUUGGAGCAUCUACUUUAAAAGCUUCUUACGUAAUUGGAUUUGAGGUUGAUCAAGAAGCGAUAGAUAUUGCUUUGUGUAAUUUAGAUGAUUUAGAUGUAAAUACCAUUGAUUUUAUCAAUUGUGAUGUAAGAAAUAUUUCAAAACGAUUUUCAAAGUUUUUUGAUACAAUUAUAAUGAAUCCCCCAUUUGGUACUAAAAAUAAUCAAGGAAUGGAUGUAUUGUUUUUAGAAAAAGCUUUUGAAAUGGCUAAAAGUAGCGUUUAUUCACUUCAUAAAACAUCAACAAGAGAAUUUAUUUUAAAAACGGCGAAAUUAAAUGGUGUCAAAGCGGAAGUGUUGGCUGAAUUAAAGUAUGAUCUUCCAGCGACGUUGAAGUUUCAUCGGAAAAAGACGGUCGAUGUUGAGGUGGAUUUUAUACGCUUUACAAUGGUUUAAAUGUUUAAUGAUUAAUUAAUUGAAGUAUUAGUUUUAAUAAAUUUUUAUUAAUUUA